AUGAAGGCUUUUAUUGUAUACUGCGCCCUCGUGGCUUGCGUCGCCGCUGGCAGCGAGAAGCGCGACAAGCGUGGCUUCCUUAGCGGCGGUUACAGCGGUGGCUAUAGCGGUGGUUAUAGUGGUGGUUACAGCAGCGGCGGCCACAUCGGAUACAGCGGUGGUGACUUGGGCUAUGGAGGGUAUAGUGGCUACUCGGGCUACUCCGCGCCCGCGGCUAAGAUCGUGUCCGUCAACAAAGUCGUGAACGUCCAGAAAGUGGUCGACGUCCCGCAAGUGGUGAAUGUGCGCAAGGUGGUGUCAGUGCCUCAGGUGGUUACCGUCAACAAGGUGGUAGCCGCGCCCAGCUACAGCGGCUACAGCGGUGGACUCUCCGGCGGGUACGGCUCUGGCUACAGUUCUGGCUACAGCUCUGGCCAUGGACUCAGCUCUGGCAUCGGCUCCGGUUACGGAUCUGGCUACUCGAAGGGCUGGUGGUGAACGAGGUUGUGAUAUAAUUUAGUCGAAAGCGUAUUGUGAUCGUUUUUCUCUUUAUUCUCACUGUUCAUAUUCUACUCUUAAGAAAUUUGUAUUUAAACUCUUUUUUAUAAAUUAUAUUUUUAUAAAUAAAUAUAUGAAAAAAAAAA